AUGUUCUUUGCUCCUCACCCGCCCUCUCUCCCCUCUGAUUAUGUUCUUUGCUCCUCACCCGCCCUCUCUCCCCACUGCCACGGCGCCCCACCAGUGAUGGAGCAGCUGUUGCGGCUCGUGAACUCUUUGACUUCCCCACUCUCCUCGCCCCCCCUCUCUCCCCACUUCCCAUCUCUCCCCACCUCUUCCCACCGCGCCCCACCAGGUGAUGGAGCAGCUGUGAUGGAGCAGCUGUUCGGGCUGGUGAACUCGCUGCUGCAAGCCCACGAGGGGGCCACCAGGCGCCACCUCGCCAUCCGCACCUACAAGGUGGUACCAUUCACUCCCAGUGCAGGACUGCUCGAGUGGGUGGAUGGCACCCUGCCGCUUGGGGAGUACCUUCUAGGAAGUACUCGCAAGGGGGGGGCGCACGCACGCUACGGGGGCUCUGAUUGGCCAUUCAUGACGUGCCGUGAAGUGGGGUACGUGGUGGGGCUGGGGGACCGGCAUGCGAUGAACAUUCUGCUGGACGAGCGAUCAGCAGAGGUGGUGCACAUCGACCUGGGGAUUGCGUUCGAGCAGGGGCUCAUGCUCAAGACGCCCGAGAAGCUGGGCGCCGUUCGUCAUGUGCCGUGCGUUCUACGAGGCCGAGGAGGGGUGCAGCGAGCAGGAGGAGCUCACAGUGGUGGCCACAGACUGCGAGGACGGCACUGA